AUGGCAAUGGGAGGUAAAAAAAUGUUUAAAAAUGAACAAUCAGUUACAACAGACGAGUUAGAAAAGAAGGAGAAAAAUAGUUUAGGUGCUUCGGCAGCAGGAGCAUUGGAUCAAAUGGGAACAAACUAUGAAGGUGACAUGGUUGGUGGACCGAUAAGAUCAUGCAGAAAGUCAAACAGAGAUUCCCCAUAUGAUGCAAGCCAUCGAACAGUACAACUUCGAAUCAAUGAAUAA